AUGAUCUGCAUCCUCGCGACCAUCGUUGCCCUUCCCACCGUAUGUGCCUCGCUUCCUCCCGACUCCUGCGUGCACGCCAGAUUGGGCGGGCGGCGGGCGGUCGUCGGACCGGCGGACGCUUCUCGCGAGUCUGUCACCGAGCCGCCGGAUGCGGCGACCAUCCCUCGCGAGAUCCUUGAGGCGACGGUCAUAGAUGGCUCAGACGCGGUCAUGCUUCUCCUCCUCGCAGCCUGCGGCAGUGGGCUGCUGCUGCUCCGCAUCCUCGCAGCCGGCGGCGGGCUGCUAUGCAAGUGGGCGCAGCGCUUCGGCGCAACCAGCGGCGGCGGGCUGUUGGGCAUGUGCGCGCCGCGCUCCGGUGCAGCCUUGGGGCAGCGAGCCAGCAAGGCGGUCCGUCCCCGGCUGAGCAAGAGUCGCGGCUUGGUGGCCUUCCUGCUGCUGCUCUGCUUCCUCCCCGUGGCUCGGGCUGGCUCGGGCGAGGCUGGCUCUGGCAAGGCUGGCUCUGGCGAGGCUGGCUUUGGUGAGCAGGGCUCCGGACUUUGGGGGGUGAGCUGGGACUUCUGGUGCGGCGGCGAAGUCGUCCUCUCGUCGGUGCCCUACACCGGUUCAGACGAGUGUCGGUGGGGGCUCUGCCCAGACUUCCAGACCGAGUACGGCGUCUCCCUCUCGCCCGGCGUCGAGUGCGAGCUCGUCAUGAAGGACUCGUACGGCGACGGCUGGGAGGGCGCUAGCUGGUCGGGCCUCGGGCAGGAGGGCCUCGCCGUUGCCGACGGGUAUGAGGAGCGGAAGUCUUUUGUUGCCGUGGACCAGGGCCGCAACGCGAGCGUCUUCAUCCCGCCGGGCGCCCGCCUUGCCUUUAGCAGCAACGACGUGUCCUUCACGGGCUGCGAGGCCAGCGAGUCCGGAGGAGGUAUGAACGUGUACCGCAGCGGCGACGUCACGCUGGAGGGCGCCAGCUUCAGCGAGUGCACGGCUGUCAAGGACGGAGGAGGCAUGUUCGUGUACAGCAGCGUCGGCGUCUCGCUGGACGGCGCCAGUUUCAGCGAGUGCACGUCUGGCAGGGACGGAGGAGGUAUGUCUGUGUGGAACAGCGGCGACGUCUCGCUCGAGGGGUCCAGCGUUGUCGGUUGCACGAGUGGCUCACGUGCGGCUCUUUAUCUCACUGCCGUCGACCGCUUAGCUCUCACCAACUCGCAGUUUGUCGACAACAUUGCGAGCCAAACCCCCGCUGCACUCUUCUUCACCUCCCGCAUCGCUGCCACCGACUCGAUCCUCCGCAACACGACCUUCUUCGGCAACUCUGCGCCAGGAAACAUCACAAUCCUCGCCGCCUCGCCUCUAACGUGGGACUGCCCGCUCGGAUCUUGGAUGCCGAACGUCGGCCAGAUCGACGGCGACCUGUCCGGCUGCAACAGGCUCUGCGCGGAGGACGAUUCUCGCCGCCGGACGAUGGAGGAGGCGGGCUCGGAGUACUGCGCUUCGGACUUCAACGGCCCCGAGUGCCAGCUCUGCGCCGCGGAGAAUCACUACCUCGUCGACGGCGACAAGUGCCAGGAGUGCACUCCGCGCGGCGCGGCGGCUGGCCGCAUCGUCGGCCUCGUCCUCGGCCUCUGCGUCGCGUGCGGCCUGGCGGCGUAUUGCUACAGCAUGACAGAGUGGCGGGAGAAGUCCUACAUCGGCCUUCUGCUCCGCCUCGCGGACCGUGCCGUCUACUGGUACGUCGCGAUUGGCCUGACGGCAAAGCUGAAGAUCCUCUUCGGCUUCUAUCAGAUCUGCACCGUCUUAUCGUCCACCUACUCCGCGCGGCUGCCGGAGGAGUACACGGGAUGGACCGACCGGCUGGCCAACGCGAUGUCCAUCGACUGGUCAGGCGUCUUCCUGCCGGAGCAGUGCCUCGGCUACGCGCUGCGGCUCCUCGCCAUCGCCCUUUCCCCCGUCGCCCUCAUCGCCCUGCUAAUGGUUGCGGGAAUAAGUCUGCGGCUCCACGGCUGGCGUGCUGCCCCGGCGCCGCGCGAGAGAUCGUGGUACGCGGAGGCGGCCCUCGGUCUCCUCGACCUCACGCCGGCGGGCCUUGUGCUCAUCUUCUGCUUCGUGCCCUCCAUCAGCGCCUCCAUCUUCCGCUCCUGGUCGUGCCAGGCGCCCUCGCGGCUGAUGAUUGCCGCCUACACCAUCUCUCCGCCUGAUGAGCCCCUGCAGCAGGUCUCCUACAUGCGGCUGGACGCGAGCGUCGAGUGCGGCUCCGAGGAUCACGAGUCCAUCACCGACCUCGCCAUCGGCUUCAUCGUCCUCUGGCCGGUCGGCUCGAUAGUCCUCUUCAUGUCGCUCCUCGCCGCUUGCUACAAGCCGCUGCAGGCCAAGACGCCGACUGCGCUGACCCGGGCCACCGCCUUCCUCCAUCGUGAGUACGAAACGACCUAUUUCUGGUGGGAGGCCGUCGAGCUGACGCGCAAGCUCGUACUGACCGGCUUCGUGCUGCUGAUCCCGGAGGAGCGAGCCUUUCUUCGCUUGGUGGUGGCGACCCUAGUCUGCUCAUGCUACGCCGUCGCGCUCGCCGCCGUGCGGCCGUACAAGCGGGUCGGCGACGACGUGCUAGCCGUCGCGACCAGUCUCGUGCUCCUCCUCCUCUUCCUUGGCGCCAGCUGGACCACCACUUUCCUCGGCAUUGAGGAGCGGCACCCCGACACAGAGGAGGCCGCCGCCAUCCUCGGGUUUGGCAAGCUGAACGGCAUCGUCAACUCGAUGCUCGUCCUCGUCGGCGUGACGGUCCUCUUCUUCCUCAUCGGCGCCGUCAUCGUCGCCCGCCGCGUCGCCAUGAUCCCCACGAUCCGGAUCGUCUCGACCAAGCAGCCCCCCGAGCUGAGCAUCGUGCUCGGCCUCACGUGGCACCUCUUCAACAGCCACAUCUGGUCGACCGGUCAAGACGCCGUGAAGGUCAUCAAGGGUGAGCUCAAGCAGCUGCUGCCGGAUAUCAAGAUCUUUCUCGACGCGCGCAGAUGCUCAGCCGCGCUAGCUACACACUCAGAACACCUCUCACGCUCCGCGGUGCGCGCACAGGUGGAUGAUCUAAAGGAUAUUGGGGCGCUCGAGGAGUACAUCCAACGGUCGCAAGUCGUCCUCUUCUUCCUGGAUCGCGUGAACGCCAAUUCGCCGGCACAGGCCGUGAAAAGCCGCGCACGCGGGCCGACGAUUACGCAGCUGCAAUAA